AGUCUGUUGAAAAUGUCGGACGCCGUCGGGCUCCUAUCCGUUGACUUCCUGCCCGUUAUAACUGGAUUUGAGAGCAUAUCUAGCCUUCCGGAAUACGAAUCAUUUCCGGUCCUUGUGGAGCGUGCUAAUUAUUACUUACGAAACAAUCCCCUUGUGACAGUUAAUACAUGCGAAAGCGUGGAGUUCCGGGUAACGAACAGAGGAUGCGACAUCCAAACUAGGAACUCGGUCUAUAUUGCUCCCGUGGAGUCAAGCACGCGGUAUGCCAGGGGAUUGCGUUUAUGGAUCCAAAGAAAAGUGUGUCACAGCACCUCCUACGACCAAAUUGGCUACGACAACUUCCUUCCCGACAUAUAUGGGCAAAAGAUUUCGGAGGGACUGGAAAGUGUAAUGGCAAAGAUCAACCAUCGGUAUAGGCACACACCGCUAAAGGGACGCAUUAUCACAGUAGAAACCCAACCUGUAAAAUGGGGAUCACGAGGAUUAGAUCCCGAUCGCACGAUCUGGAAGGAGCACGCUUUUGCCAGCACUCUCUACGUUAAUGUUAUUCGCAUUUUUUACAUUAUCGGGACCGUAAAACCCUGUCAAGUUGGGGUGCACGAUAUCGUUCCGGCAGUGUUAGAGAGCGGUGGCCUUUUCAGUCGGCCGAAGAUGGAAUCAUUCCAACCAGUCAUACAACGCGCGUCACAGUGGUUAAUGUCGCUACCACCCAACUGUCGCCCGGUCAACGUGCAGACCGUCAUGUUUCGCUGGAGUAACAAUCAAGGCAUUAAUACAAAUAAUCUGGUGUAUCAGGAAAAUAACACACGCCAAAAUUGUCUCCGAUAUCUUCGAGUGGGAUUUGUUAUGGAAAACCCGACGGAUGGUCCUCCGGCACGAUCUCUUAUCCAAUUACACUGCAAACUUAUUGUGCCGAGAAUGACCUUUGCGUUCGGCUGCCGCUCCACUGGUGAAUUUGAAACACAAGAGUCCACACGCAAUCGAGUGAACGCGUGGGUCAGGGCCACCGGUGCUCGCGUUGUUUGCGUCGAGAGCCUGUUUAUGCGGACUUAUAGCGACGGAACACCGGAGUAUGGCUUCGAUGACAUGCGACCGUAUGACGCGGUGACUAGCGGCCCCAAGAGCUCGACGCGCGCUGAGGAAAGAUUUGUGCAUCUGUAUCGGAUUUAUACGGACGGUCACUACCCAGAUCCACCCAGUGCACCCACCUGGCAGACAUUGAUGCUGUAAAUAAAUUAAAGUGACCUGCAGGAAGUACACCGUGAUCGAAUCAACUGACGAGCAUCAUAUAUGUACAGCAUUUGAGUCGAACAAGCGAUUGUUUUGUAAAUCGACGAAUCUGAUGAACCUUGAACAUGCAUGCAUCGUGCUGCGUGUGCGUAUAACGGAAUAGUGUGUGUGUGUGUAUGAAUUAACGU